AUGGCGGCGUCAUCCUCCGCUUUAUUAGGCGUCCGGCGCGAAGGCCCAUCCUCCGGUCGAUCACCCGCCCACAUGGCAACAACCACGGUCAACGUCGACGGAAUGACUUGCGGCGCAUGUACGUCGGCUGUGGAGGGUGCCUUCAAAGGUGUCGAGGGGGCCGGGGAUGUGACAGUGAGCUUGAUGAUGGGCAGGGCCGUCGUACAUCACAAUCCGACACUGCUUCCGGCGGAAAAAGUCGCCGAGUUAAUCGAGGACAGUGGUUUCGAUGCAACAAUACUCUCCACUGACAGCCCUUCGGCACUGGUAGGGAGGUUAAACUAUGGCAAGGAUGAUGGACCGCAAAUAGCCACCACUACGCUCGCAAUUGAGGGUAUGACGUGCGGCGCUUGCACAUCUGCAGUUGAAGGAGGAUUGAAGGAUGUAUCUGGGAUCCGGUCCAUUUCUGUCUCAUUAUUAUCGGAGCGAGCGGUGGUGGAACAUGACGCGAGUGUCGUUACGGCGGAUCAGAUCGCUGAAAUCAUAGAGGAUCGUGGUUUUGGUGCAAAGGUGCUGGACACCACGACGCUCCAGGGCGCUCUUCGUGUCUCGCACGAUCUUACGGAAUCCAAGUCACACCUGAUGGUCACCACAGUUUCUAUUGGAGGCAUGACAUGCAGUGCAUGCACUGCAAGUGUACAGAAUGCCGUCGACAGUGUGGAUGGUCUGGUUCAGUUCAAUAUCAGUCUGCUUGCCGAGCGUGCGGUAAUCGCCCACGAUCCUGCGGCUCUCUCCUCCCAGAAAAUCGUAGAUUUGAUUGAAGGUGCUGGGUUUGAUGCAGCGGUGGUAUCCUCGCAAACGCAAGUGUCUUCCUCGAAGGCUGUGACUCGGAUUACGCUGAGCCUUCAUGGCUUGCGAGAUGUCCCCUCGGCAAACGCCUUGGAGGACUCCCUCCUCCAGAAACCCGGCAUCUCCUCCGCGUCUGUUGACAUGGCCACUUCACAAGUUCAUAUAUCGUAUGACACUUCCGCAGUUGGCAUCCGUUCCGUCGUUGGAGUCAUUGAAGCUGCCGGAUACAAUGCCUUGCUUGCAGACGCCGAUGAUGCUAAUGCGCAGCUAGAAUCACUGUCCAAGACUAAGGAGAUUCAAGAGUGGCGGCACGCGUUCUUGUUCUCAGUGUCGUUUGCAGUGCCUGUGUUUCUGAUCAACAUGUUGCUGCCCAUGUAUCUACCGGCUCUCGACUUUGGAAGUGUGCAAAUGCUGCCCGGUCUCUACCUUGGGGAUGUCGCUUGUCUUGGACUCACCAUUCCUGUGCAAUUCGGUAUCGGCAAACGGUUCUAUAUCACCAGCUAUAAGUCAUUGAAGCAUCGCUCUCCCACCAUGGACGUUCUUGUCAUGCUGGGCACAUCUGCUGCAUUCUUUUACAGCGUGUUUACGAUGAUCAUCGCCCUGUGUUCUGCAGCCCAUAUGCGACCCAGCACGGUCUUCGACACAAGCACGAUGCUCAUCACCUUCAUCUCUCUGGGUAGAUGGCUGGAGAAUAGGGCUAAGGGUCAAACAUCAACCGCGUUAUCGCGACUGAUGUCGUUGGCUCCGUCGAUGACCACUAUCUACGAUGACCCGAUUGCCGCAGAGAAAAUGGCCGAAGAAUGGGAUACCACUCCAGUCAAGUCGAAGGAACCAAAGGCAGAAACGUCUUCCAAUGAAAGGUCGGGUCCCGCGCUCAAGUCUAUCUCAACAGAGCUCAUCGAGGUAGGCGACGUUGUCGUUCUACACCCGGGGGACAAGGUUUCUGCGGAUGGGGUUGUUAUCCGCGGAGAAAGCUAUGUCGACGAGAGCAUGAUCACAGGUGAGGCCUUACCGAUUCAUAAAACCAAGGGCAGCCUUGUCAUUGCUGGCACGGUGAAUGGGACCAGCUCGAUCGAUUUCAGGGUAACGCGAGCGGGCAAGGAUACGCAACUAAGUCAGAUAGUCAAGCUGGUCCAGGAUGCUCAAACCAGUCGAGCCCCCAUCCAGCGCAUGGCUGACGUGGUCGCUGGAUAUUUUGUUCCUGUAAUUAUCAGUCUGGGUCUAAUCACGUUCUUUGGCUGGAUGCUGAUAAGCCAUUUGCUGCCACACCCGCCCAAAAUUUUCAUGUCUGAGCAGAGUGGUGGCAAGGUCAUGGUCUGCCUGAAGCUUUGCAUUUCAGUCAUUGUCUUCGCAUGUCCGUGUGCAUUGGGUCUCAGUACACCCACAGCAGUCAUGGUCGGCACGGGAGUGGGAGCUCAGCAAGGGAUUCUCGUCAAAGGCGGCGCUGUCCUGGAGAGCGCCACCAAAAUCAGUCAUGUUGUCUUCGACAAGACGGGGACCCUCACCACCGGGAAAAUGAGCGUGGCGGAAGCCAAAAUCGAGCCCCAGUGGAAGGCAAAUGACUGGCGCCGUAAGCUCUGGUGGCUGAUAGUUGGUCUUGCAGAAAUGAGCAGCGAGCAUCCUAUUGGUAAGGCCAUCGCCUCAGCAGCCCAGAUGGAAUCGGGUAAUGCGGGGGAUGGAGGUUUGCCGGGGAGUUUGGGCGACUUUGAUGCUUGCGUGGGAAGGGGCAUCUCUGCUCUCGUUGAGCCUACCUCCAGUGCCGAGCGCGUACGAUACCGUGUGUUGAUCGGAAACGCGGCCUUCCUACGGUCGAGAGAUGUCCCUCUGUCAGAGUCGGUGGAGUUGGCAGAGUCAGAGGGUCUCGAUGCUUUCAAGAGCCAGUCCUUUAAAGCUGCCGCCGGCAUCACUUCGAUCCAUGUCGCAAUCGAUGGCCAGUUUGCAGGCACUAUCCUGCUCCGAGACACAUUGAAGGGGACUGCCGUCGCUGCCGUCGCUGCCUUGCAUCGCAUGUGUAUUGCCACCUCCCUGAUCACAGGGGACACCCGUGCCACAGCUGUUUCUAUUGCCACGACAGUAGGCAUUCCCAUCGAGGCGGUCCAUGCUUCCGUCUCCCCAUCCGACAAGCGAGCUAUCAUCGCCUCCCUGCAGGAUUCAGGUGAGCACGUAGCCAUGGUUGGCGAUGGCAUCAAUGACUCCCCGGCCUUGGCCACAUCAUCCGUCGGUAUUGCACUUGCAUCAGGCACCGACGUUGCUAUGGAAGCAGCGGACAUCGUCCUGAUGAAGCCUGACGAUCUGCUAUCCGUGCCGGCAAGUCUGGCCCUCUCGCGUUCAGUGUUCAACCGUAUCCGCCUCAACCUCUUGUGGGCCUGCAUCUACAACCUCAUCGGCAUCCCCUUCGCCAUGGGACUAUUCCUCCCCUUCGGCGGCCUCAUGCUACCCCCUAUGGCCGCCGGAGCCGCCAUGGCGGCGUCCAGUAUCUCCGUCGUCGUGAGCAGCCUCCUGUUGAAGUUCUGGCGCAGACCGAAAUGGAUGGACGCCGAGCGGCUGGAAAAGGAGGUCGAAAUGGGCCAGAUCAGCCUCCGCGGCCCUAAGCAAAGCCGGUGGGAGGCCACUUUAUCCAUGGCCAGUCCUAGUGCCAGUCAGGGACUAUUCCGACGGAUCCAAACCACUGGUACUAAGGCCUGGUCGCUAAUCACCGGCAAAGGGUCCCGAAAGUCGGACGCCAAUGAAGGAUACGUCCCUUUGCAGACAGUGGAACCUGCUGUUUGA